UUGCGAUUGUACUUUACUAGCAGCAGUAGUUAUCAAUAACAUUUUAGGUGGGAGCUUGAAACUUGCCAGUUACUUCACAUUUUGUCUUAAACUUUGCGUGAUAUGGCGUUCUAAACAGAGUCCGUGUAUGUAAAACUGUUAUGUUAUUCUUAUCAAGUUUCAAGAAAAGGGUGAGGUUCAGUAGAGUAACUGGUAUCCCAGGUCAAGUUACUUAGCAGCAAUCUAGCCAGCAGUUACAAUACAAAUCAGUGAAAACUUAACUAAUGAUUUCCUCAGUGAUUCCAUGAUUUAACUAUAACAAAAGACUAUGUAUAUGUGAUGAAUUGUGAUAUUUGUGCGACUCAACGGACAUACAACAAAGCCACAGCAACUGAAAUACAGGUUGGCUGCCUCAAAAUAAGCCCUUCAAGGUCGUUGGAGCAAAACGGCGGGCGAUAUUGAAAGGUCUUGACUUUUUCGCUGUCACAGUAAUGGCUCACCCCAUUAUUGAUGAAAGUCUCGGGAAAGACUGCCCAAAAGAGCUGUUGUUACAAAAACAUUUGAAAUUCUUAGUUAGAUGCAAAAGCGAAAAUGACAGCACUUUAGAUUAUUGCAGAAUGUCUGGAAUCUAUUGGGUUCUUACUGCUCUUGACUUGCUCGAUGCACUGUCAGAAGUAGAUGGGGAUGAAAUAGUUGACUUCGUAUUGAGUUGUCAGAAACAAUGUGGUGGAUUCGCUCCUUGCCCUAAACAUGAUGCCCAUCUGCUCUCAACUUUAAGCGCUAUCCAAAUACUUGCAAUGUAUGACAGCUUAAACAAAGUGAAUGUUGAGGCCGUGUGCGCGUUUGUCUCCAAAUUACAGCAACCAGAUGGAAGUUUCGCUGGAGAUAUUUGGGGGGAAAUCGACACUCGUUUUUCAUUUUGUGCCGUUGCUACACUGCAUAUACUUGGAAUGCUUUCCAAAAGUACUAUUGAUAUUGAAGCUUGUGCUUCAUACCUUGAAAAGUGUCAAAAUUUGGAUGGAUGUUUCGGAACUCGACCUGGAAGUGAAUCUCAUGCAGGCCAAGCAUAUUGUGUCGUGGGAGCUCUGGCUAUACUUCGUCAACUACAUCGGUUAAAUAUAGACCGCGCCGCUUGGUGGCUGGCCGAACGUCAGCUUCCUAGCGGAGGUUUAAAUGGAAGACCGGAAAAACACCCUGAUGUGUGCUAUUCAUGGUGGACUGUAGCUACUCUUGCUAUUUUUGGUCGUUUGACAUGGAUUAAGCAAACUGACCUUACUCGGUUCAUCUUAGCUUCUCAAGAUGACCAAACUGGCGGUAUAGCAGAUAAACCCGGAAAUAUUCCUGACCCAUUUCAUACUUUAUUUGGUCUUGCUGGUCUCUCUUUAUUAGCCCAGGUUGACUCAUAUUUUUCCUUAUCAAAGAAAAUGGAAAAUGGAUUAAAUGGUGUGGAAGAUCCAGCCUUUGUUGCUUUACAAACGGCUAGAAAUAAGUUGAAGACUGUUAAUCCAGUAUUAUGCAUGCCCCAAUACAUAAUAGAUCGACUGCAGCUCAAAUUUCAACUACUGUAAAUACUUCCUCCCUACUGUACACUUAUGUUGCAUUCUAAGUUCUUUCAACUGACUUUAAACAUUUUAUCCUUCUAAGUGGGGCUUCUAAUCAUUGCUCUUAACAAAAUUAUGGUGCAAGUGUACUGCUUGCCAAAAAUUUUUGGAAUUAGCACUUUAAUACAUUGUAAUGCAUACUUAUGACAUCCCUAACAUCAAUUUGUUUGUAUUAUUUCGUUACUUGUACAGUCCCAGCGAUGUUCUUUUAAAACUUACUUCUUACUUGUAAUAUAAUUUUC